CUUUCCGUUUGUGUAGGAGAUGGUCAGUUUUUGUUGGGUCGGUGACUUAAUUCAAGAAAGUAGCGGGUAAAUCCUUCGGCAAAUUCGCAAUAAAGUAUUCAAGGCUGCGAACACCUACGGUUUAUUAUUGUUGGUGAUGACUGAUAACAAAAAUGUCAAUCAACUGCACGUUUGUACUGCAGGUUUCACAUCAAAAACAGUUUUAAAAAUGGCUACUCUACAGACCGAAACCACUACAAGUUCCACGAAGGGAUUCCAAAAUUUACUGGAACCCGAUCGUAUGCCAUGCAUGACAAAAGUGUGGCAACCGCAAAUACCGAACAGAAAGGAGAACUACUUGUCACCAGAAGAACUGAAGCUAAACGUUCUUGAGAGUCCGCGCAUUGUGCGGCUGAUCGAAGAGUUGAGUGGAAAUGACAAGAAUAAAAAACAAGAACUGAAGCGUGUCGUCCAAGGUAUGCUAAAUGAAAUUGGUCUGACACGGAGUAUGCCGGUGAUUCGAUGGGCAGGCAUUUGUCUGAACCGAAUAUUGAAGAAAAUUUGCACAGGCGUUUAUGUGAAUGAAGAUAGCAUGGUACGUGUGAAGAAAUGUAUUGGUUCUCAGCCAGUAUUGUAUCUGCCCAGCCAUCGCAGUUAUGCGGACUUUGUACUCAUGUCGUACAUCUGUUUUGCAUAUGAUUUGGAGAUACCAGGAAUAGCGGCUGGAAUGGACUUUCUGUCGAUGGUAGGAGUUGGAGCACUGCUCCGCAAAACUGGAGCAUUUUUUAUGCGACGAUCGUUUGCAACCGAUAAAUUGUACUGGCAUGUGUUCAAAGAGUACAUGAGGUCGCUGGUGAAUGUUUACCACACCGGCGUUGAAUUUUUCAUCGAGGGUACGCGCAGUCGAAGUUUUAAGGCUCUGACGCCAAAAUUAGGACUAUUGGCGAUGGCUUUGGAACCGUUAUUUAUGGGCGAAGUGACUGAUGUAACAAUCAUUCCGAUCGGAGUUGCUUAUGAAAAGCCGUUGGAAGAACAACUUUUCGUUUAUGAAAUGCUUGGUGUGCCAAAACCUAAAGAAUCGACGAUGGCUCUGUUCAAAGCACUGAAAAUCCUGGACGUUAAUCAUGGCUCCAUGUACGUUAACUUUGGUCAACCGAUUUCCGCUCGUGAAUAUUUCGGUUUGAAUUUAAAUCGCUUCAAUCAUGCUCAAUUGCCCGUUCACGUCCAGCAGCUGUCGAAGCGUGAGCUCGAUCUAGUGAACAAAUUAGGAAAACAUGUGAUCUCGCAGCAACAGAGCUUGAUUGUUCUGACCGUAUUCAACGUUGUGUCAUUGUAUAUAAACUACCGAUUAUUUAUGGAUAAGACAACAAGCCUCCAACAACUCGCCGAUGGCGUCCUGUUGCUCUCCACGCAUCUAAAGGCGCUGGGUGCCCUUGUGUCCGUUGAACAUACAAGCAUUAAAUCGAAGAUUCUCGAUUCGUUGGACGUGCACAAAAACAUUUUGCAACUGUCGAUGAUCGAUGGUAAAGUAACACUAAUGAAACCGGUCAUUGCCAAUAUUCAAACAAUUAACCCGACGAAGCUAAAGGGUCACAAUCUAUCUACCAAUACGUUACGCAAUUCUGUGCCAGCGUUUUCGCUACAAAUUUACUGCAAUCCAUGCAUGCGUUGGUUAAUACAACCGGCAUUUGUCUUAUUGGUGGUAAGGUCGAUGAACGAACAACGUUUUAGCUCAGAGCAAAUACAGGACAACUUUUUCCAGUUGCGAAAAUUGUUUUCCACGGAAUUUGUAUUGGAUACCGAACAGGAGGUACAAAAUGAGGAAUACAACGUCUCGUUGCAAUAUCUUAUGAAGUCACAAAUUUUGAGUCAAGCGUACGAAUUCAAUCAAAACGAGAGUGAAAUAAUUAACGUAUUUUUAAGUACCAUUGCGCCAUUUUUGUGCUGUUAUUUGCAUGUCAUUGAAACGAUUAACGAAGAGUUCCAGGAAACCGAGUUUACCGAAAAAGAACUUCUAGUCAAGGUACAACAACGUGUGGAAAAUGGUUUAAAUUCCCGAGAGAAUCAUGUACAUCCGUACUGUUUGUCAUUGGACAGUAUUAGCAUAGCGCUUAGCUCAUUCCAAUUAAAUAAGAUUUUAACCAAAACCAAGAGUUUAACCACAGUAACAUACCGAACAAGUACCAGUGAUGAUUUAUCUAAGUAUAGUAUUUUAUUGCGCCACUAUUGCCAAUUGAUGCCAUUUAAUUACUUGUCAAAUUAUUUAUUCCUCGCCAAAUUGUGAAUUAUUUUUCUCUUUUUUCUUUAAUUUAUUGAAAUAAUAAAAAUUUGAUUUACCGUUAUUACAUUUUUGAGAGUCCUGUCUUGCACAGACUUUGUUUCGUUUUUUUUUUGUUUUUAGAUUUUUAUUUUAGAAGUUUGUUGGUGUUUUUUGUGUGAUUGUGAAUAAAUUAGUCGGCUGUCAUGGCUGGGCGUGACAGUAUUUUUUUAUUUGUUACGAAAAUUUAGAUCCAAAUAAAGUAUUACAUACCCAAAA